AUGGGGAGCUGGUCCCUUCAGUAUGUGAAGGUUAUCAACGCCGGGAAGAGCACGCACAAUGAGGACCAAGCCAGCUGUGAGGUGCUCACUGUGAAGAAGAAAGCCGGAGCCAUGACUUCCACCCCAAACAGAAACUCCAAGAGAAGGUCAUCCCUUCCCAACGGGGAAGGACUGCAGUUAAAGGAGAACUCCGAAUCCGAGGGCAUCUCCUGCCACUACUGGUCUCUGUUUGACGGCCAUGCAGGCUCGGGGGCCGCCGUGGUGGCAUCGCGCCUGCUACAGCACCACAUCACACAGCAGCUGCAGGAUAUCGUGGAGAUCCUGAAGAACUCGGCCAUCCUUCCCCCAACCUGCCUAGGGGAGGAGCCGGAGAGCACGCCUGCCCAUGGCAGGACUCUAACCCGCGCAGCCUCACUGCGUGGAGGUGUGGGAGCCCCCGGCUCGCCCAGUACACCACCCACGCGCUUCUUCACCGAAAAGAAGAUCCCACAUGAGUGUCUGGUCAUUGGGGCCCUGGAGAGUGCCUUCAAGGAAAUGGACCUUCAGAUAGAACGAGAGAGGAGUGCGUAUAAUAUAUCUGGCGGCUGCACGGCCCUCAUUGUGGUUUGCCUUUUGGGGAAGCUGUAUGUGGCGAACGCUGGGGACAGCAGGGCCAUAAUCAUCAGAAAUGGAGAAAUCAUCCCCAUGUCUUCGGAAUUCACCCCUGAGACGGAGCGCCAGCGACUUCAGUACCUGGCAUUCAUGCAGCCUCACUUGCUGGGAAAUGAGUUCACACAUUUGGAGUUUCCAAGGAGAGUGCAGAGGAAGGAACUUGGGAAGAAGAUGCUGUACAGAGACUUUAAUAUGACAGGCUGGGCAUACAAAACCAUUGAGGAUGACGACUUGAAGUUCCCUCUUAUAUAUGGAGAAGGCAAGAAGGCCCGGGUAAUGGCAACUAUUGGAGUGACCAGAGGACUUGGGGACCAUGACCUGAAGGUUCAUGACUCCAACAUCUACAUAAAACCAUUCCUGUCUUCAGCUCCAGAGGUAAGAGUCUACGAUCUCUCCAAAUAUGAGCAUGGAGCAGAUGACGUGCUGAUCCUGGCCACCGAUGGACUUUGGGAUGUUUUAUCAAAUGAAGAAGUAGCAGAAGCAAUCACUCAGUUUCUUCCUAACUGUGAUCCAGAUGACCCUCACAGGUACACACUGGCAGCUCAGGACCUGGUGAUGCGAGCCCGAGGCGUCCUGAAGGACAGAGGAUGGCGGAUAUCCAAUGACCGACUGGGCUCAGGAGAUGACAUCUCUGUAUACGUCAUUCCUUUAAUACAUGGAAACAAACUGUCAUGAAAGUGACCCAGGGGAUUGGGAGGAUAGAAAGAAAGAACUGGGAUGCCUCUAAGCAGAAUGGAACUGGGGAGUGCCUGGGCUGGAUUCCAGGUGAUGCAAUUUCUUCCCAGCCCAGAUGGGGAAAUUGCUGCCAAAAGGCCUCUGGCUUUACUUCAAGGUGACCCUUAGGUUUCCAUUUCCUCUUUAGUACCGGGUCUGGACACUGAAUGAGACCAAAAUGCACGGCCUGCUACUGGGUGUUCCAUUUCUCUUGGUUUCUAUUGUAGGGCUUCUAGGUGGCUAUUGCCUAUUUGGGGCACAGGCAUAAACUUAUUUAUUUUAUCUAGACUAGCAGAGACCGCCAUUUCAGGUGUAACUGGCAGAAGACUCCUCAGCCUGUCAAGCUGCCAGCUUCUCUCGAGGUGAAGAGCCACACUGAAAAGUUGGGGACCCUGCUCAAAGCAUGAGCGCCCAUCUUGUAAGCUCCAGCUGUUUCAGGGAUUCUGCCUUGUCCUGUCUCGUCCCUUCUCUCUCGUCUCCCUCUGUCUCUGGAUUCUUUUCUGGUAAUGAUGGGGUGUGAGGCAGAUUUUUUUCCUUUUUGACAUUCCUUGAAUCUUUCUCAUUUCUCUCCACUGGGACUUUCCAACUCACUGCUGGACAGUUUCCACAUCAGGCUAGCCCGAUCUGGCUUGUCCCAUGUUCUGUGUCCCAUACACAUGUAUAGUUGUUGGAGCAAUGCCCUGUGUGACAGUUUGUUGGAUAACGUUAACCCUGAGUUCUGGUUUCUCACCAACGUUUGCUUCAAAAUGUGGGUGUCUCAUUGGCCCCACAAACCCUCUGUUAUCUGAAGGUCCCUCUGCUCAUCUUGAGAUUUUUCUGUGAAGAGGUCGGUUUUUCCUUUCUGGACUGGGUGGGUGCUCUCACAGCUGGUGUGUCCUUGAAGACACAUAGGGAGCAGCAUACAAUACAGCAGCCCAGGAAGUUAUCCUGUUCGUCCUAAUAUGCUUCAUUAGGAAAGAAUGUGGGAUUGAGGCUUCCUGGGUCCUGACUAUUUUCCUGACACCCCCCCAAUCCCCGGGAAGAGAGACUGUCACAGCUCUAAGCAGUCAUCCCCUCUUCCUGUCCUCUUUGUUCAAGGAUAGAUGGGAUGAAACUUGAAUAAAAGUAAAUUUGAACUUG